AAAACUAGAGAAGAAUAUAAAAAAGAAAAAGAAUUAGAGGAGGCUAGAAAAGCAGGUAAUGCACCAGCAGAAGUUGAUGAGGAGGGUAGAGAUAUUAAUCCACAUAUUCCAGAGUAUAUUUCAAAGGCACCAUGGUAUUUAAACGCAGAAAAACCAACAUUAACCCAUCAACGUGCACCAGGAUCUAAAAUAACAGAUAAAGGAUGGUAUUUAAGAGGAGCAACUCAAGGAGAAGCAGCAACAAAAUAUAGGAAAGGAGCGUGCGAGAAUUGUGGUGCGAUGACACAUAAAACUAAAGAUUGUUGCGAAAGACCGAGAAAACUUGGAGCUAAAUUUACAAAUGACGAUAUUAGACCAGAUGAAGUUAUUCAAACUUUAGAAUUGGAUUAUGACUCUAAAAGAGAUCCAUACAAUGGUUAUGACCCAGCAUCCUAUAAACAGGUUAUGGAUUUAUACGAAAAAGCCGAUAACGCAAGAAAAAAGAAAAAGCUUCAAGAACUUAUUAAACAGCAUUCAAAAGAUGGUAAAACUGAUAUUAUCGAUGAUGAACAAAUUUCAAAAGAAAUGUUAGAGAAUGCCGAAAAAGAAGAAUCUUAUGACAGUGAAUCUAUUGCACCCAUUCAAAAACUCGACCCUAAAUCAAGAACUACAAUUAGAAAUCUUAGAAUUCGUGAAGAUACUGCCAAAUACCUUUACAAUUUAGAUACCAACUCUGCAUUUUACGAGCCUAAGAGUCGUUCUAUGAGAGACAACCCUCUACCUAAUGCAAACCCCAACGAUAUUAAAUUUGCAGGUGAUAAUUUUCAACGUGCAUCUGGUGAAAGUAAAGAUUUUCGUGACCUUCAAUUAUUUGCGUGGGAAGCUCAAUCAAAAGGUCAAGACAUUGAUCUUUCUUCCUCACCUUCACAGGCUGCACUUUUACAUGCCGAAUUUUUAAAAAAGAAAGAAUUAUUAAAGAAUCAAGCUAAAAAUCAAAUUCUAUCAAAAUAUGGUGGUGAAGAAUAUUUAAAAAAAGACGAUAAUGAAAAAAAUGAAAUCUCAAUCCCACAAUCUGAAAUUUAUACAGAAUACAGCUCUUCAGGUAAAUUAAUUAAAGGUGAAGAAAGAGUAAUCAAAAGCAAAUAUGAUGAAGAUAUUUAUUUAAAUAAUCACACUUCAAUCUGGGGUUCAUAUUGGGAAAAUGGUCAAUGGGGUUUUGCAUGUUGCAAACAAUUAGUCAAAAAUGCUUAUUGUACAGGUGAACAAGACGAAAAUAACACCACCACAACCAAUACUCAAUCAUCAUCAUUAUUAGAACAACAUUUAAAUAAACUAAAUGAAGAAACUCCCUCAUCAUUAAAAGAAAAAGAAAAGGAAAAAAGAAGAAAAGAGAAAAAAGAAAGAAAAGAAAAAGAAGAAAAAUUAAAAAAAGCUAUAAAAGAAGAAGAAGAUUACAAUAAAAAAUCUCAAGAAAAAGACGAAAGAAAUAUUAAAUAUAACUCACUCUCAGCUGACGACUAUAAUGUAUCUGAUGAACAAAUGGAAGCUUAUAAUUUAAAAAGAAAAAGAUCAGAUGAUCCAAUGGCAAAUUUUAAAGAUGAAGAAUAUUAA